CGCAAAUUCAAAAAACCAAAAUCAAAACAGUUACUGAGCUAGUGCAAGGAUUUUAAUAGUAUUACUAUUAAAAUCCUUGAUGGGUGUGAGAAAAAUAUAUUCAUAAUAAAUUUAUGACACAGAUGAGAAGAAAAAAUCAAUUCUUAAUGCAAUAAGCAGAAAUGGCACAGUUCAGCUUUGAAAACAUGGUGACAGAACUGACAAAAUUAGAUGGACCCAUACAGAAUGGUCCACUCAUGAGAUGGCAGAGAAAGGCUGCAGAAUCAGGACUGAAGUUAUCUGUACCCCUUGAUAAAAGUGGACAAUCACCAAGGCGACCAAAAUCAGCACGAACUCCAGGAAAGACUCCAAAAACACCAAGUACAGCAAAAACACCACACAAAACGCCAGGAAAACAAGGAAAGGCUCCAUCGAAAACCCCAAGCAAAACCCCAGGAAAGACACAAGCUCCACAAAAUGAUAGAUUUAUACCAAGCAGAUCAACAACAGAUAUAGAUCUUGGCCACUUUGCUUUGAUGAAUGAAAAUUCUGAAAAUGCAGAUCCUGAACCUAAUAAUGCACAAUACCAGCAGCAUCUGAAUGAAGCUCUAAACAAGGGACAAAACCCACACAACACUAAGAUUUUAUCCUUCAAAAACAAAGCUCCAGAUGCACCAGAAGGAUAUUGUAACAAUCUAAAAGUGUUAUACAGUUGUGCUGGUAAAUCUACAGCUCCAAAGGGAACCACACAGAGACAAAUUCCUCAGCAACCAGAGAGAAUCCUUGAUGCCCCAGAGCUGUUUGAUGAUUACUAUUUGAAUCUUUUGGAUUGGUCUUGUUGUAACUUAUUAUCUGUGGCACUUGGUGGAGGUGUAUAUAUAUGGAAUUCUGCUGAUGGAUCUAUUAUACAGUUAAUGGAAUUACAGACUCCAGAUGACUAUGUAUCUUCUGUUAACUGGGUAAAAGAAGGGGGGAAUUUUCUUGGUAUUGGAACCAGUACUGGCUGUGUACAGUUGUGGGAUGUGACUCAGAAUAAGAUGAUUAGAAAUAUGUCUGGACACGCUGCCCGUGUUGGGUCAUUGUCAUGGAAUGCUCAUGUUUUAAGCAGUGGUUCUAGGAGUGGAGCUAUAUAUCACCAUGAUGUUAGGGUAGCCAAUCAUCAUGUGUCUACCUUAAAUAAUCACAGCCAGGAAGUAUGUGGUUUGGCCUGGUCCCCUGAUGGGAGGUACUUAGCCAGUGGAGGUAAUGACAACCUCCUCAACAUAUGGGAUGCUACUUUGAGUGAGGAAGUUUCACCAUUACAUACAUUUUCUCAUCAUCAAGCAGCAGUAAAGGCCUUAGCUUGGUGUCCUUGGAACCCACAACUGUUAGCCAGUGGUGGAGGGACAGCAGACAGACAUAUCAGAUUUUGGAGUGUACCUACAGGAUCAUGUUUGAAUGCUGUUGACACUGAUUCACAGGUUUGUUCCAUUUUAUGGUCCCAGGAGUACAAGGAACUGAUUUCAGGCCAUGGAUACUCUCAGAAUCAGCUGACAAUAUGGAAAUAUCCCAUUAUGAACAGAAUAAUGGAUUUAACAGGCCAUACUGCACGUGUGUUGUGUUUGACAAUGUCACCAGAUGGCACCACUGUAGCCAGUGCUGCAGCAGAUGAGACCAUCAGAUUAUGGAAAUGUUUUGCAGUCGACAAAGGAAAGAAAGAAACGACGAGCAAACCAGUGAAAGAAACAUCAAAAUUGGGAAAACUUCAGAAACUAGGCAGCAUCCGAUGAGUUUUGCAAUUCAAAAUGAAAAGUGAUUUGCGCAAGUUUUGUCUACCUAAUCUCUAAUCUAGAUCAAGAGUUUGCAGUGUUGAAAAACAAUUUAUGUGUACUCAACCAUUUAACAUCCAAAAGUUUCAGUAAUUUCAGUUAAUAUAAAAUGUCAGAAAUUCUAUUUGUAAUUUUUAGGUACAAUUUUAUUAAAAAUCUGUUGUGUUCCUUCAUGUAUAGUGUUGAUUUUCCAUAGUGUCAACUUGGAACUGUGAUAUAUUCCAUUGUGCUUUCAAUGUGUAAAAGUAAUGUGUGUUAGAAUGGUAUGCAAAAGUAAUUGUAUGAUAUAUGUGUUGACUGAACUAAUUCUUUAGUAAAUAUGAUAAUUUAUAGUCUAGUUUUGUAGAUAAAUAACACAGAUACUGUUUUACCAUUUUACCAGAAGUAUGUUUGAAUGCCUGUAUUGUCUUGUAAAUUUUUGUUUAUUGUUUGACUGAAAUGAUGCUGUAUAUCACCUAUUGGGAAUACUCAUUUUGAUUUAUCGUACAGUGAUGACAUGUCUAAUAAUACAUGAUCUAUACUUGUAUAUAUUAUCAUAAAUAAAAAAAUUUGUUCAUUUGAUAA